AUGCCCAGGGGACAAAAGAGCAAGGCUCGGUCUCGUGAGAAAUGCCGCCAGACCAAAACAGAAUCCCAAGAGCUCGAGGGUACUCAGACCAUGGCACCAGAGAAAAGGGAGUCAUCCUCUUCCUCUUCUAGUGCCUCUGGAUAUGCUGUCCCAAGCACCCCUUCUGAUGUCUUUUCCAAAUUGUUUCAAGUAAUGCCUCUUGCCACCAAUUUCAGUAUCUGCAUUGCCUGCAAAAUGUCUGAUAAAAGUGCCAAGGGCCGACAGAAGAAAAAUAUGAGCUCCUCUAGUGGCCAGCAUUCCAAUAAGAGCCAACAGAAGGAUCUUCUAACAAGGAAGACAGGGCUGCUGAUGGAGUACAUGCUCAGCAAGUACAAACAGAAAGAGACCCUGUUGAGAGAAGAAAUGCUGAAUGUUGUCAACAAAAGAUUCAAGGAGCAUUUCCCUGAGAUCCUCAAGAAAGCUUCCAACCGCCUGGAUUUGGUUUUUGGCCUAGAGCUGAGAGAAGUCCCUCCCAAUGGUCAGACCUACAUGCUUGUGAGUAAGCUAGAUUUCGAGGAUGAUGUAAGUAGGAGCAGUGAUAUGGGUCUUCCCAACAGGGGCAUUCUGAUCCCUCUCCUAAGUGUGAUCUAUCUAAAUGGCUAUUGUGCCCCAGAAGAGGAGGUCUGGCAUUUCCUGAAUAUGCUAGGAGUCUAUGAUGGGGUCCCACAUCUCAUCUUUGGAGAUGUCAGGAAGCUCAUCACUAAAGAUCUGGUACAGGAAAAAUACCUGGUAUACCGUCAAGUUCCUGAUGGUGAUCCUCCUUCCUAUCAGUUCCUGUGGGGUCCAAAAGCCUAUGCUGAAACCAGCCAGGUAAAGGUGAUGGAGUUUUUGGCCAACAUCAAUGAAACUGGCUCCUCUACCUACCCAUUCAAUUAUGAAGAAGCUUUGAGGGAAGAAGAUAGAGCCCAUGCUGAAGGUGUAGCCCAGAGAAGCACUACAUGCAAGACCAAGAGACACUCUAAAACCAAGUCCAGCCUUCCUACCUGCUAA